CCCCUCCUGUCAGGACGCUUUCGGCGGGUUCCGUUAAAAUGGCUGUUGUUACUGAGAGUGGAAACCUAGAGCAAGAACAAUCGUAGUGGGUACAACUGCAUCCAGUAGUAUCGCUGGUGUCUGAUAAGGAAAAUAAAAUAGACUAACGCAAUGGCUGCCCUAGAUCAAAAGUCCCCCAACGUCCUUCUUCAAAGUCUCUGCUGCAGGAUCACUGGAAAGAGCGAAGGUAGCUAUGAUGCUAGCUAGUUAGAAUAGCCCAGGCGCGGUUAUGUGCAGCUAGCCUGGUAUGUUGCUAGCUAGCUAACAUUAACCGUGUUGCUGAUAUAACAGUUGUAUGCCAGCGUUCAGCUCGUCAUCUAGUAGUUAACUAAGUUUGUAGUUAGGUCAAGUUUGUGUGACAGCCAACGCACUGCCAAUGCUAGUUAGUUAGCUUAGGCUAGCUAGUAGCUGUACACCUAGCUUGCCAAGAGAUGGUAGGCUAUGAAUGGGCCCCAGGUAUCUAGCCAUCUAGCUAACGUCAGAUCGUCCCUUAUUUGGGUAUAUCUAAGGCGUUAGCUAGCUAGCUAACUACCAAAAGUGUGUCAUAGCUAGAUAUAGGUAGCUGUAGAUACGGUUGACAUUCAACAGUCCAACCACGCCUUGUUGAGGUAGCUAACAAGGGAUAGCUAGCUUGGUUUGUCAGGCUGCCAGAAAGUUUGCCUGAUAAAUCUGACUUUGAUACCAAUUCUUGGUAUACAGUCUGAAACAAAGCAUUGCAUAAUCGUGAACAUUUUCUUUACAAGCCAGAAUGUUGAAUACAAUUACAUUUGAACUUACUAUACCGGUUGUCUGUGCAGUUGGUCCUUCAGCUGCUCGAAAUAUGAGACAAAAUAUUCGCAGGAAAGUAUUGUUUACCUGACCUUUUAGAGCGCAGGUAUUGAAGUUGAAUUUUCUAUCAUCUGGCACAUGCUCAAAACCAUGUAAACACCUGCUAGUAUGCAUCGUGUGCAUGUACAUCCGUCAUGUGCACAUGCCUUCGGUCAUGAGCAAACACAUCUUGAUUGCCACACACAUAGACCCGUGUUUUGAAGUUGGUUUAAUCCUGUGGAUAUUUUGUCUCAAAUUUCGACCAGUUGAAGGACCAACACCACAGACAAUCGGCAGAGUAAGUUCAAAUAUAUAUUUCUUAAACAUUGGUGACAGACAAGGGACAUUUAGUUUUUUUUCUAUGUAAAUGUGUGUGGUAUUGCCUGCACGAUUUAAGGCAUGUUUUGCCACUUUACGUGACUACCAGAAAGUGUAAGAUUGCUAGCUAGUGAUUGAGGGGAAACGUUCUGCGUCUGUAAGCUUUGAACAAGUCUGUAAGAUUAAUUCACUAGUAGUGACAUAUGGUUUAGGAAAAGCAGAUAUUCAGUGCUCAGUACUUUAACUCAACCCUAUUUCCCAUUUUAGCUGAAGUAGCCCACCAGUUUCAGUAUGCUGUGAGAGUCGUCGGGAGUAACUAUGCUCCCACCAUUGAGAGGGAUGAGUUCCUAGUGUCAGAGAAGAUCAAAAAAGAAUGUGAGUGACCUAUUAUUAGAGACAAUAAACUGACCUAAACUGGAUAGGUUUGCUGAAUGAAUCCACUUUGAGGGUCCAUCUCGACAGUUGAAAGUGGCAUCUGCACAUUAUUGGUUUGCACUGUCUCUGUUACCUGGUCAGACAUGCAUCCUUUAAUGUGGUCUGUUGUUGUUGUUUUCCCAGUAGAGCCUUUCUGUCUCCUGUUAAAGGGGACAGUAUUGUACAUUUGACAAUAAAUAAAUACGUUUAAGAGUCUCCAUAAGAGUAAAUCUCAGUAGAUUUUGUUUGUAGUCGGAGUAGUGCCACUAAUGACCAUCUUAUCGAUCGCUAACCAUAGUAAAGUAAUAAAAAAAACAUUACUUACCCUUGUGCGGAGUGGAGUUGAGCCCCCUUUAAUCAUCUUGUGUUUUUGGAAUUGGUCUGUCUGUUUAUUUAGUGGUCUGAUAUUGUUUGCCUGACUGUCCUGUCCUUUGCUUCUCCAGUGCUGAAGCAGAGGAGAGAGGGCGACGCUGCCCUGUUCUCUGAGCUCCACAGAAAGCUGCAGACUCAGGUCAGUCUUCUGUUCCAAAUACCCCCGUGCAUAUGCAUACUGUAUUAGCUUUGAAAGGAGAACCAAUUGAGAAUCAGUGUGUUUUGCGUUCCAUUAACAGGGGGUGCUGAAACACAGGUGGUCCGUCUUAUACCUGCUGCUCAGUCUCUGUGAGGACCCCAGGAAACCGUCCAGGGUGGGUAUAUCUGUCAUUACACCACAGUGCUCUCAACACACACACGCACACACACUGACCAUAGCAAUAUAUAUAUACAGGAAAUGAAAGCAUUAUAAUCGUCCAGACUGCAUCAUCACAAACGGUAAUACCAUCGCAGCCAUGUUAGCUCCAUAGAACUCCAUAAAAUAGCAUUGCUAUUCUAUUAAAUGUCCCAUAUUGUUCCACAUUUGAUUAUUUAAUUAAUACAUCAUUGAUUUAUUAAUGGCAUGUCAUUCCCAGGUUGGCAGCUAUGGGGCGCUGUUUGCCCAGGCCCUCCCCCGGGACGCCCACUCCACCCCGUUCUACUGCACCCGGCCCGGGAGCCUGCCCCUCAGCUACCCCGAGCGCUCGGGGCCCGGGGCCGCCCAGAUCUCCACCAGCAUGGGCACCAGUGGCAUCAGCAGCCUGGGGGUGUACUCCCUCAACGGGCCCACACCCACCCCUCAGCCCCUGCUGGCCGGGUAAGACCAUUUGAUGGAACCCUGUUUGUCUGGUCAGCACCCAGGACUCCAUAGUCAGUCAUACAUGACACUAGACUUUCUUCAAUCUUGUUCCUGUGGACUCGCAGGGAGUGCAUGCUUUUGUUCUAGCUCAGCACUGUACCUGCAUAACCGAUGAACCUUUAGAAUAUAAAGGGAUCUUAAAUUAGUAGGACUUGUUGGAAAAAUGCAUUGUCUUUGUACCCAUUUGUUGUAGCAGGGCAUUUUCAUUCUGUUGUGAGCAUCAAUUAUGUAUGUCCUUCUCCACAUCCCCAGCAGCACUUGUGUAUAAUUAGUCUGGCUAUACUCUUCUAGUGCCAGGGUAAGUAUCUGGUUAGUGGGUGUUUGACUGGAACAUCAUCAACACUAUAAAAGUCAUUUGGAGCUGAGGCAUUGCUACAGUGUCAUGACUCUAAAGCCAUUCUCUGCUGUUGAAAGGCAAGAGUCCCUCAUUAGCAGGCUAUUAGCACUGACCCCAGGGGUUGGUAAUGGUCCUACAAGACAGUUUGCAUUAGGAGAACCAACAUGUAUAGGGGAAGAGUUAUGCAUGUCGAGGGGGAGGAAAAAUGUCUAUAGUUACAUGGAUGUAAACAUAGAAAUGUUUAAUGGACCAUUUUGUAUGUGUGCUCUCUCCAGGCACCCACCCCAGACAGCAGGGCAGCAGCUGGGCUCUCGGCUGGCGUGGGCUCUCCCCAACACCUCCGCCCUGGCACCUACCUCACGGGCCCCACUCGGCCCCCCAGCCCUGUCCACCCGGGCCCCCAGGCCACGCCGCGACGGGGACCCCACUGGUGAGUUGGGAUGUAUAGGCCUACUUUUUGUGCAUGAAACUACAUGGCCUUGUUGGGACAUGCUUCACAGUUGGAGGUGAUUUUGUAAUGUAGGCAGAAGAUGGGCAGGGUCCUCUACUGUAAUGGUGGCUCUGCAAUGCUCAAUAUUAAACAGAAAGAGAUUCGUUCGGAGGGAAAUUGUCAAAGUCUGCAAUGAAAUGUUCCUGUUCUGCAGUAAGCACCACCUCACAUAAUCACUUCAUUUCAUAAACGUCUAGUUGCUCUCCCGGUAUUUAAGAUAGAAUCUGUCUUGGCACUCCACUGACAGGGUUGGGGCUGAAUUAAAUAGAUAGACAGAGAGAGAGAACUUUUAAUGGCUUUCAUGAUAAAUGUUGUCCUCUACUUUUUGUUGUUUUUCUGAAUCCCUCGUUCUUCUUCUCCAGCGGAGGUUGGUGAGGCUGCGCUGGUCCGAGACAUCCUGUAUGUCUUCCAGGGGAUCGACGGCAAGUUCAUUAAGAUGAGCAACACAGACAACUGCUACAAGAUCGACUCCAAGGUGACUCAAACAUUCAGUCAUACGUGAACAAUGUCCAUGCCAAUUUGCCUUUGGUACUUCAACCUAUUCGUGCCCCUUGUUCCUGAAAUGUUUCCCUGACAAAUGCAAAAACUGAUGACCAACUACAUAAGCUAUUUGACCUUACACAGAGUGUACAAAACAUUAGGAACACCUUCCUAAUAUUGAGUUGCACCCCCUUUUGUUCCACGGGGAUGCUGUCCCAUGUUGACUCCAAUGCUUCCCACAGUUGUCAAGUUGUCUGGAUGUCCUUUGGGUGGUGGACCAUUCUUGAUACACAUGGGAAACUGUAUAGUGUGAAAAACCCAGCAGCGUUGCAGUUCUUGACACAAACCGGUGCGCCUGCCACCUACUACCAUACCCCGUUCAAAGGCAUUUAAAUAUUUUGUCUUGCCCAUUCACCCUCUGAAUGGCACACAUACACAAUCCAUGUCUCAAGGCUUAAAAAUCCUUCUUUAACCUGUCUCCUCCCCUUCAUCUACACUGAUUGAAGUGGAUUUAACAGGUGACAUCAAUAAGGGAUCAUAUCUUUCACCUGGAUACACCAGGUCAGUCUAUGUCAUGGAAAGAGCAGGUGUUCCUAAUGUUUUGUAAACUGUGUAUAAGUUAAGGUUAGAGUUAGUCAACAUGUUGUGUUUAGACACCAUGGCAGAUAGGCUAGCGGUUAAGAGCGUUGGGCCAGCAGCCGAAAAUCUCUGGUUUGCAUCCCCGAGCUGACUAGGUGAAAAAUCUGUCUGUGCCCUUGAGCAAGGCACUUAACCCUAAUUGCUCCUGUAAGUCGCUCUGGAUAAGAGCGUCUUGCUAAAUGACUAAAAUGUCAAAUGGAGACAGCGCCGUACUUCCGUCUAUACUAGCUAGACCAGUUAUUGACAGACUACCCUGUUUCAUCGCUAGCUCUCUCCCUGACGUCAUGGCUGUUGUGGAACCGGCCGACCGACAGCGUUUCAGAUUCAGCUGUAGUGCUGCUGACAUCAAGGCUGAUGAUCUGUUUCUAAAAGGGGUAAAAAGCUCAACAGAUCAAUAGUUGGCUCUUUGGUUAGGAGCCACAUCGAUGGCUUCCCUCUAUCACCCAUCAAGCAUUCAUCACAACUGGCCUCCCUUCUAAUAUUCCUACAAAUUACAGUUGACCCAUCUUAGCUAUACAUCUUCUCAGUGUUAUAUAUAGCCUGCUGUCAAUGCGCUGGCCUAGGAGCACUGUAUCGGACGAGAACCCUCGAGCCAAAUCUAGCCGUCAAGGAUGAUUCCUAAGGUCUUUUUGAAGUCAUGAUCUACGCUAUAAGUCCUAUUCAGUCUCACACGGUUUCCAGAAUAAUGUGGCUUUCCAUAAUGAAAUUAGAACAGAAUACAGAAAUUGAACAUUAUUAGAGACAGUAAUGUUUUAUUAAAGGAGAGAAGGUGAGUAUCAAAACCUGGUCCUCACAAGACUCAGCAGAGACUGAGAGAGACUGCAGACAGUUUGGGCUCCAGGCUUCUUGCCAAAUGUCUUCAAUCUGUGAAACCAGGGCCGCUCUGACUACCGUUUUAAAAAGGGGAAGUGAAUUCUGAACAAACUGGUGUGAAAGAGAUGAAACUGGAAUUGGAAUGGUCCUCCAACUGGCAAAGAGCUCUGUAAUAAUACGGCUGAUGUGUUCCUAUUCAUGUUUCUGGGCUGACGAGCAGAAUUGCUGUUCCUUUGGUGUUGCUGUAGUCAUGUCAACCCUAAGGGUUGUGGCGUACGUGUGUGUGAGUGACCGAAUGGUAACCUGGCAGCAGGAGUGGCCCGUUUUCCUCUUGUGAGUGUCGGUGUGUGUCGUGUUUGUGGGGAGCCAUACAGAACAGAUGGUACUCUGCCACAGGGGGAUAACUAACUACCAACCUGGCAACCACUUCACAGAUUAAAUGGGUUACAUACUAAAAGAUGACAGAUAUUCGCAGUAUUCCCUGUAUUUUUGCUUAUGGCGAUCUAUCCAAUGCCUGUGUGUGUGUGUUCUCCUGUUGUAACUCCUCCAGUGUGUCCCUAGGUGGUGCUCUGUAAGUCUCUGAGGGACACCAGUAGCCGAUUGGCUGAGCUGGGCUGGCUCCACAACAAGAUCAGGAAGUACACUGACUCUCGCAGCCUGGACCGAGCCUUCGGCCUGGUGGGACAGAGCUUCUGUGCCUCCCUGCAUCAGGAACUGAAAGAAUAUUACAGACUUCUGGCAGUGCUGCACUCACAGGUAAGACACACACACACACACACACACCUUUCUCUACCUCUCAAAACACUGUACCGCCUUAUUCAAGUGAAUGCAUUUAGUUUAGAACCCUUCAAGAGGAAAAACACUGGUAGGCUACAGGACAUAUAAAGGUGUGUGACAGUUGCAGGUGGAGGACGACCAGGGAGUGAACCUGGGAGUGGAGAACAGUCUGACCCUCAGACGUCUCCUAGUCUGGACCUACGACCCUAAACUCCGACUCAAAACCCUGGCUGCCCUCGUCGACUUUUGCCAAGGUAGAGCUGUGUGUGUGUGGGGCGCCUGCUGGUUGGUACCAUUGAAGUAUUCAUUUAAAUAGUGCGUGUAUGGUUCAAAUGUGUCCGUUUUGUGUGUGUGUGUGUAUAGGGAGGAAGGGAGGUGAGCUGGCGUCAGCGGUCCAUGCCUAUGGGAAGACAGGGGACCCUCAGAUGAGAGCUCUGGUGCAGCACAUCCUCAGCCUGGUGUCACAUCCCAUCCUCAACUUCCUCUACCGCUGGAUCUACGACGGAGAGCUGGAGGACACCUACCACGAGGUGACGCACACACACCAUAUAUAUAAUACACACACCAAAUAUAUAUAAUAAACACACACACACACUUCCAUUAGUUUGUCAAGGUCGGAGUCAGGAUGGUAGUAGCUAAGCUAAGGCUGAAGUGGACUCAGACAGACGUCAGACAGGUUAAUUUCCGAGCUGAGAUGGAGGGGAGUGAGGGAGGGGGGGAGGGGGGGGGGAGGGGGGAGGGGGGGGAAAAGGGAGGGGGGAGGGGUAGGGCGGCCUCCCAAAUGAGGAUGGAUGAGAGGACGGUAAUGGGGAACUGAGUGAUGGCCUCCGCCCUCCUCUCUCUCCUCUCCCAUCUCUGUCCUAGCUCUCCAUCCAUCUCUCUUUCUCCACAACCACAGGGACAGUAGAAGACCGUGAAUCUGGUCCUAAUGCACCUGCCGCUGAAUCGCCCUCUCAGACCCAGUCCACCUGAGACUAAGUGCUGAUUGGGCGAUCACAGAGCACAGGCGUGUUGUAGCGGCUUUCAAGAUCAACCGCCGGGCUAUUCUCAGAAGGGAACGCUUCAAAGGGCACACUGCAUUUAAGCUCCCUGUAUUGACCCUCCUGUAGCAGGGCUAAGUGAUAGUUAUGGAGCUGUUCCUUCCCAGCAGAGGGGAAUUAGGGGAUAGCUCUGCAGCUUACAGGCACAUCUGUCAGCCCAGGGGGCAGCUGGGAGGUGGUGUUAGACUGUAAACACUCAUCAUGACCUCUGGAUGGAAUGGAACGGCUGAAACAUGAAAGACAUCAAUCCCCCUUGUUGUGCCCCCUAGGAGAGAAGUCUUCACCUUCUAACACUGAUGUCUAUUUAUCGGCAUCCAUUUUGGUUUCCAAGUUGAACCACUGGCUCAAUGAAGAUCAAGAUCUAUUAUUGAAAGAUGGAACAACCAUUCACUUUCUUUCCAUUACUGUAAUAAGUAUCCAUUGUUGUAAUCAUCUCCUGUGUUGUUUGAAUAUAGUUGAGUUCUGUCUUUUAAGGUGUGAUGAUGAUGAUGGUGUUGAAUAAUGAUGGUGAUUCCUCUCCCUGCAGUUCUUUGUGGCAUCUGACCCAACGGUGAAGACAGACAGACUGUGGCACGACAAGUACUCACUGAGGAAGUCCAUGAUACCCACCUUCAUCACCAUGGACCAGGCCCGCAAGGUAGACACACACACACAUACACACACCACACACACACACAACACACAAACACCAAUUAUCUCAUCCUCAAUGUAAAUAAUACAAACAUUCUCAUGUAAUUUUGCUCUGUCUCUCUCUCUCUCGGUCUCUCUGUCUCUCUCUGUCUCUCUCUCUCUCUCUGUCUCUCUCUGUCUCUGUCUCUCUCUGUCUCUGUCUCUCUCUCUUCUCUCUCUCUCUCUCUCUCUGUCUCUGUAGGUUCUGCUCACUUGCUCAUUGGAAAGUCCAUUAACUUCCUGCAUCAGGUGUGCCAUGACAGAACCUCACCAGGGAAAAUCACCCCGGCCUCCAAGUCUACAGACUCCCCCAAAGAUGGUACGCUCUCUGUCCUCUCUCCCCCAACCAACACACUGUGAAAGGGGCCUGUCAGUGGCUAGCUCAAUACAACACUGGCAUUUGGUGUUUGGUACACGCUUUUACAUUAUAAUAUACCUUCAGCGAGUGUGUAUUGUGCAGGCAGUGUCUUUCGUUAAGAGUACAGAAGCCUUGUUCUUGCCAUAGUAGUGUUUUGUAGGUAGUGAGAGCAGAGCUGCAUUGAUCUGUUUCUGUUAGAGAGGCAUCAGACCUGAUUCUAUUGUUAUGGUACUUACUGUUGUAUCGACUGGAUUUAGUCUCACUCCUCUCUCCGUCGAUGAUCAAUGCUCUCACUGUUCGUUCCUUAGCCUCGUCCUUGAGGGGAAUGACUGCACACUGACUGGCGUUGGAAGUGGGAUUGGGUUGGGUUGGGUUGGGUUGUGUUUUUAACCUUGUGUCUGCGUCCCAAAUGGCACCCUAUUCCCUUCAUAGUGCACUACUUUUGACCAGAACCUUAUGGGUCAAAGGUAGUGCACUAUAAAGAGAAUAAGGGUGAUAUUUGGGACGUAGACUAUCUUGAGUUGUAGAUACAGAGUUCAGCAAACUGUCUGAGAGAUUAGUUUAAUAUGCACCAGGUAGUGCCAACUCCAGUACCCAAUACAACAAAUAAAAAUCCCCCCCCCCUCCUUCCCCCCCCCCCCCCCCCCCCCCCCCCCCCCCCCCCCCUUUUUUUCCCCCUCCCCUUUUUUUUGUCCUUCCCCCCUCCCCCUUUUCCUUUCCCCCUUUUGGUUUUUUUUCCCUUUUUUUUUUUCUUUUUUCCCCCCCCCCUUUUUCCUCUCCCCCCCCCCUUUUUUUUUUUUUCCCCCCCUUUUUUUUCUCCCCCCUUUUUUUUUUUUUUUUUUUUGGUUUUUUUUUUUUCUUCUCCCCCCCCUUUUUUUCCCCCCCCCCUUUUGGCCCCCUCCUUCUUUUUUUUUUUACCCCCUCUUCUCUUCCCCCCUUUUUCUCUUUCCCUCUCUUUUUCUCCCCUCUUUCUCCCCCCUUUUUUUCCCUUCCCCCCCCUUUCUUUUCUCUCUCCCCCCUCCUUUUUCCUCUUUCCCCCUCCCUCUUUUCUCUCCCCCUCCCCCUCCUCCCUUUCUCUCUCUCGCCUUCCUCCCCUCUUUUCCUCUUCCCCCCCUCCUCUCUCUCUCCCCCCUCUCUUUUCCCUUUCCCCACCUCUCUUUCUCUCUCCCCCCUCUUUUUCUCCCUCCCCUUUUUUUUUCCCCCCCCUCUUUUUCUCUCUCCCCCCCCCUUUUCUUUCUCUCUCUCUCCCCCCUCCUCUCUUUCUCUCUCUCCCCUCUCCUCUGUAGCUCAGACUUUUCAACCUGGGGGGGGGUUUCCCGGGGGAAAAAGAUGCACCUACUUUGGACCACAAAAUACCUGCUGAAGUCCUCAAAACCCAAAAUCCCCGCUGGGAGCACCUGCAGGCCAUGAGACGAUACCUGCUGCUGGGCCAGGGAGACUUCAUACGCCACCUCAUGGACCUGCUCAAGUUAGUACACACACACACAGAUGGAUACACACACCGGGGUCACAAACCCCCAAAACCAGGUAACACACAGACAAACAAAAUGGGGACAACACAAAAACACACACCACCCCAUAUAAUUCAAUUUUAUUGACCCUUUGUUUUGUUUCCUUAGACCAAGCUGGCCCCCAGCCCCACCUUCCCAAACCCCAAAACCUGACAGGCAUCCUGGGAGGCCGUAGGCCCCCAAAGUCAGUUGACAACGUGAGAUCCCCAAAACGACGUACGCCUGUGGAGGGUGCUACGUAUAAAAAAAGUUUAAUAUCAUAGGGUACAGCUGAUACCAUUACUAGUCAUAGGCUACAGCGAUACCGUUCUAUAUCAUGGGUAAAGUGAUCCAUUAUACUUAUGGCUACACUGAACCUUUUACUAUCAUGGUACAGCUGAUAGUUCUACUUCAUAGGGUAACUGUCCGUUACAAGGCAAGGCACACUGAUACAUUACUACUGUCAUAGGCUAAAAGCGAUAAAACCUUUAAUACGGUAUAGGCUACAGUGAACCAUUAACUAUAAAAGGCCACUCUACCGUUACUUUCUAUUAGGGUACGCUCAUCCGUUACUAUGUUAGGCUACAAGCUAUCCAUUACUCAUCAGGGUACAGCUACCGUUUUACUAUCAUAGGCUACGCGGGUACCCUUUACACGUAUGGCAAGCUGUACCGUUACUACUUCAUAGGCUACAGCUCAUACCGUUAUACGUCAAGGGGUACACUGAUCCGUUACUAUACAUAGGCUACAGCUAUACCGUUCACGUCAUAGCUACGCUGAUCCGUACUACAACAUAGGCUACAGUCAUACUUUUAGUCUAGGUACAGCUGAACCGUUUACAUCAAGGGUACAGCUAUAACUUACUACUUCAUAGCUAACUAUAAACCCUUCUACUUAUAGGUUUCAGUCAUACCUUAUACGUAUAGGGUAAGCGUACCGUUACUAUAUCAGGUACAGCUGAACCCUUACUACUCAUGGGGUACAGCUGAAACGUUACACUUUAUAGUACAAUAUAACUUUUUACUAUCAAGGCUACAGUAUAAAAGUUUAAAAUAUAUAUAGGCACAGCUGAUAACGUUUACUAUCAUAGGCUACGUGUACCCUUAUAUGUCAAAGGGUAAAAAUGAUACGUUAAAACUACGGCUUUCCGCUGAUACCGUACUCUAUCAAUGCUACGCUAUACCCUUUUACUAUCUAGGAAAGUGGAAAACCCUUACUACUAUCGCUACGUGAACCGUUACUACUGUCUAGGCUACACUAACCGUUAUAUUCACACAGUGAUACCCUUUCACUAUCAAGGCUACACUAUAACGUAUCUUCAUAGGCUACGGAUACGUUACUACAUCUGGGUAACGAUAACGUUACUACUACAUAGGCUACAGGAUAAAUUACUUAUCAUAGGCUCACUGUAACUUAUACUGUCAUAGGCUAAGCUGAACCGUUACUACUACAGGCUAAAGCUGAUCCGUUAACUAUUAGGUACACUGAUACCUUACUACUAUCAUAGCUCAGGGAUACCGUUUCUACUAAAAUAGGCACAGCCAACUUACUACUGAUAGGGUCAGUGAUCCCCUUCUACUAUCAGGGUCAGCUGAUCCGUUUUUACUAUAUGGGUAACCCGUAACGUUUCUACUAUCAUAGGCACAAUGAAACGUUACCUACAUAGGCUACACUAUAAUUACUUUAUCAUGGCUAAGCUGUAACGUUUUUCUACAAGGUACAGUGAACCCUUACUACUGUCAUAGGCACGCUGAUACCAUUAACUAUAAAGGGUACGCUGAUUGUUCUACUACGCUCGUGAUACCGUUAUACUUCAUAUGCUACAGCUAUACCUUACUCUAUCAUAGCUACAGCUGUACCGUUUACUUCGGGUACAGUGAUACCGUUUCUACUGUAUAGGCUACCUAUACCGUUACUACUAUGCUACAGCUGAUACCGUUACACAUCAUAGGAUACAGCGAUAAGUUUAAUAUCAUAGGUACAGAUGAUAAGUUAAAUACUAAAUAGCUACAGUGUAACUUUACUAUCAAGGGGUCAGCUAUAAAGUUUCAUAUAGGCACAGUGAUCGUUAACUGUCAUAGGGUACGCUGAUAACCCCUUACUAUUCAGGCUACAGUGAUACCGUUUCUACAUCAAGGGUAACUGAUCCUUUUAAAUACAUAGCUACCUGAUCCCUUACUACUACAAGGGUACAGUGAACCCUUUAUACUACAUAGACAAAACCCCGAUACCCUUUCUUUCAUAGGUACAGCUGAUUUACUACUGUCAUAGGCUACAGUGAUACCAUUAUCAUAUAGGCUACAGCUAUACCCUUAACUGUCAAGGUACAGUGAUACCGUUUUACACAGGGUAUAAACUGAUACCCUUACUAAUCUGGUACCGCUGAACCGUUUCUAUAUUAGGGUAAGCUCAUAACCCUUAUAGUCUAGGCUACGCGUACCGUUACACUAUCAUGGGUUUUAUAAAAGUUAAUUACUUCAUUUUGGGUACUCUGAUCCGUUAUACUAUCAUAGGGCUACAGUCAUACCCUUUCUACUGUCAAGGGACAGCUGAACCCUUCUACUGUCUGGCUACGUGAAACCCUUACUACACAGGGUCAGCUGAUACCGGUUUUCAUCAUAGGCACAGCUGAAACUUACACUAUCAAAGGUACGCUGAUAAGUUACUACUAUCUAGGUAAUGAUAAAGUUUCUACAUCAUAGGCUACGCUGUAACUUACUACUAUCAUAGGCUACAGCUGAUAACGUUACUAUAUCAUGGCACGCUGAAACGUUCUACUAUCUAGGCUACAGCUGAUAAAAUUUUCCCACUUCAUAGGUCAGUAUCCUUACUACAAACAUGGGGACAGCUGAACCUUACUCUACUAGGCUCCGCUUUUCCUUUUCUAAUGUCAUAGGCUACUUGUACCCUUUUUAUCAUAGGGUACGCUCAUACCCUUACACUGCAUGGGGACAGCUGUAACGUUACUACUACAGGCUACAGCUGAUCCUACUGUAAUAGGCUACGCUGAUACCUUACUACGUCUGGCUACAGCGAAAUUUUUACUUUAAGGCUACCUCAUACCGACUACAUCAGGCACAAACUCCCGUUACUCGCAAAGCUACAGUGAUACCUUACUAUUCAUAGGCUUCACUGAUAUGUUACACGUCAUAGGGACGCUAUAGUUACACUAUCUAGGGACAGCUGAACCCUUCUACAUCAGGCUAAAAUAUACCGUUAACUGUCAAAACUACACUGAUAAAACCCACUUAUUGGGUUUAGUGAUCUGUUCUACUGUCUAGUCAGCUGAAACGACUACUAUAUAGGCUACAGUGAUACCGUUACACUAUCAGGUACAGUGAUACCGUUACACUAUCAUGGCAAGCUGAUAAAUUACUAUACAGGCUACACGAUACCGUUUUCACUUUCAAAGGUACAGUGAUACCGUUACUACUAUCCUACGCGAUAACGUUACACUAUCUAGGUACAGCUGAUACCCUUACUAAUAAUAGGCUACAGCUGAACCGUUUACUAACAUUGGCUACAGUGAUGUUACUACACAGGGUAAGUGUAACGUUCUACUAGCAAGGCUCCAGCGAUACAGUACUACUAUCAUAGGCUACAGCUGAUACCGUUACUACUGUCAUAGGCUACAGCUGAUAACGUUACUACUAUCAUAGGCUACAGCUGAUACCGUUACUACUAUCAUAGGCUACAGCUGAUACCGUUACUACUGUCAUAGGCUACAGCUAAUAACCGUUACUACUAUCAUAGGCUACAGCUGAUACCGUUACUACUAUGUCAUAGGCUACAGCUGAUACCGUUACUACUAUCAUAGGCUACAGCUGAUACCGGUACUACUAUCAGGCUACAGCUGAUACCGUUACUACUAUCAUAGGCUACAGCUGAUACCGUUACUACUAUCAUAGGCAUUAGCUCAGUGAGCUAACACGGUCUCGAGUCACAGGUUACCAGGCUGUGUUUCAAACCCGUGACUCGACACCGUGUUAGCCCUCUGAGCUAAAGCCUAGAUGGUUGAUUUCUGGAUGCUGGAUGUACACGUGUCCCUGUUACCUACUGGGUUUCAAACUGUCAACUCGGCAUAAUGUUAUCCCUCUGAACUAAAGCCAAGUCAUCAACCCAUCUGUGCUCCUUCUGUAGGUGUCUCCCGGGGAUACGGGCUGGGACGUCUUCAGUUUAGACUACCACGUAGAGGGACCUAUCGCCACGGUAACCACACCACUUUACAUACAUACACAUACCAUCUUAUCUGGUGUUGCCUUAUAUCUCUCUCUCUCUCCCACACACAUGCAUCCUCGCAAACUAUCAAAAAACCUUCUCCUCUUCUCUCUCCAUUCAUCCAUAAAGCCCACCUGGAGCAACAGAAGCAUGUUUCUUUCUGCUCUGUUGUACAUGUUCAUUCACAGGCCACCAGUCAACCAUGUUAGAUGAAGUCAAGUGCUGGCUGGUUGUGUUCUGUGAGGUGAGGUGGCGAGAGAACAGGUGUAAAUGUUGUGCUACCCUGUGACAGGUGUUCACACGGUCUCUCUCUCUCUCUCCUUUGUCUCUCUCUCUUCUUGCUUUCUGUUUCUCUUGCUGGUUCUGGCUGUGACAGGUGUUCACGCGGGAGUGCAUGAGCCACUACCUGCGGGUGUUCAACUUCCUGUGGCGAGCCAAGCGUAUGGAGUACAUCCUCACCGACAUCUGGAAGGGACAGAUGUGCAACGCCAAGCUGCUCAAGAGCAUGCCAGGUGAGGCAACAUACACACACUACCAUGCAGUUCCCUCUCACCUCCAGCAGAGGGAGUCAUGUGCUACAGAGCUGUAGAUAAGGCAGCCAGUGUAACAUGUUAGAUGUUGUGUUACAGAGCUGUAGAUAAGGCAGCCAGGGUAACAUGUUAGAUAUUGUGGUUACAGAGCUGUAGAAGGCAGCCAGGGUAACAUGUUAGAUGUUGUGUUACAGAGCUGUAGGUAGGGCAGCCAGGGUAACAUGUUUAGGGUCUUGUGUUACAGAGCUGUAGAUAAGGCAGCCAGGGUACAUUUUUAGAUGUUGUGUUACAGAGCUGUAGGAAAGGCAGCCAGGGUAACAUGUUAGGUUUUGGGUGUUACAGAGCUGUAGAUAAGGCAGCCAGGGUAACAUGUUAGAUGUUGUGUUACAGAGCUGUAGAUAAGGCAGCCAGGGUAACAUGUUAGAUGUUGUGUUACAGAGCUGUAGGUAGGGCAGCCAGGGUAACAUGUUAGGUGUUGUGUUACAGAGCUGUAGAUAAGGCAGCCAGGGUAACAUGUUAGAUGUUGUGUUACAGAGCUGUAGGUAGGGCAGCCAGGGUAACAUGUUAGGUGUUGUGUUACAGAGCUGUAGAUAAGGCAGCCAGGGUAACAUGUUAGAUGUUGUGUUACAGAGCUGUAGAUAAGGCAGCCAGGGUAACAUGUUAGGUGUUGUGUUACAGAGCUGUAGAUAAGGCAGCCAGGGUAACAUGUUAGGUGUUGUGUUACAGAGCUGUAGAUAAGGCAGCCAGGGUAACAUGUUAGAUGUUGUGUUACAGAGCUGUAGGUAAGGCAGCCAGGGUAACAUGUUAGAUGUUGUGUUACAGAGCUGUAGGUAAGGCAGCCAGGGUAACAUGUUAGAUGUUGUGUUACAGAGCUGUAGAUAAGGCAGCCAGGGUAACAUGUUAGAUGUUGUGUUACAGAGCUGUCUGGCGUGCUGCACCAGUGCCACAUCCUGGCCAAUGAGAUGGUCCACUUCAUCCACCAGAUGCAGUACUACAUCACCUUCGAGGUCAGGGGCCGUACUUUCCAUUCAUUUAUCUAGAGACCACUGGGCUCCUUCACUCUCUUCUCUCACACUCUCCCUCCUCCCUUAUGUGUGUGUUGUGUGUGUUGUGUGUGUGUGUGUGUGUGUGUGUGUGUGUGUGUGUGUGUGUGUGUGUGUGUGUACAGGUGCUGGAGUGUUGUUGGGAUGAGCUGUGGAACAAGGUAGAGAAGGCCCAGGAUCUAGACCACAUCAUCGCUGCCCACGAAGGAUUCUUAGACUCUGUCAUCUCCCGCUGCCUAUUGGACACCAACAGCAGGGUGAGACACACACGUAUGCGCAUACACUCUAACAGACACUUGCUGACAUCCACUUCUCUUUGACCUGCACUGUUGGAGCUUAAAGGGAUGCUUCUGUAUUUUGGCAAUGAGGUCCUUUAUCUAUUUUUCCCCAGAGUCAGAUGAACUCGUGGAUACCACUUCUAUGUCUCUGUGUCCAAUAUGAAGGGAGUUAGAGGUAGUUUUGUGACCCAAUGCUAACUAGUGUUAGCGAAUUGCGCUAGCGCUAGUUAGCAACUUCCUUCAAAAUGCACGCAGAGACAUACAAAUGGUAUCUACGAGUUCAUCUGACUCUGGGGAAGUAGAUAAAGGGCAUCAUUGCCAACAUCCCGAAGUAUCCCUUUAAGAAUGUCCCUGUACCCAGCUAUUAUAUCUGGGACCCCUGUGCAUGUGACUAAUAAACGAAUCUAAUCUCAAAUGUUUUUCUCUCCCCUCUCUCCAGUCCCUGUUGAACCAGCUGAGGGCCAUCUUUGACCAGAUCAUAGAGUUCCAGAGUGCCCAGGACUCUCUGUACCGCUCUGCCCUGGGGGAGCUCACCCUGCGGCUGCAGUAUGAGGAGCGGAAGAAGCAGAGGGAUGCUGAGGUAGAAGGAUCAGGGCUUGAAGUGGACUGAAAUAGGUGCCGGUACUCAUUCUGGGUGCCUUCACUGUUUAUAUUUUUAUGCCAAUAUUCUAUAAGAGGUGCCGGUACUUAAGCAGUAGAACAUUUGAGGUGUCGGUAUUCUGUACCGGUGGGUACCGGCCCAAUUCAAGUACUUAUAAUGAUGAUAACUUUUAGUUAUAGAGUGCAAUGUAGAGCCUUCCCAGAGUCCCAGUGUCCCAUCCAAUGUCCUGUUUGUUUCCUGUCUAAGUCAUCUGGAACCCAGCCAGGGGCCAACUCAAGUUCCCUCUUAAUAGCCAUUGGCCACGCUGUUGUUGUUGUCAUUCUAUUGAUUUAACAGGCCCUGAGCAUCAGACCGUUAAAACUCUAAGUGAUAUAAAAACAAACACAGCCUCUGCGUUUGCCAAGUUUCCCUUUUAAUAGCUUGUAAAUAAGACUGAGGUCCAGGGUAAGAGGGUUUGGGGUGACAGAAGCUGUUGGUCAGGGAUGGGGGAUAUUUGAUUUUAUAUCAACAUUAAAUAUUGGGCGUUGAGUGUGUGUUGACAUGAAUGAGAAGUAUGUGAGUAGAGAAGAAGGUCGUGUCUCUGUGGGGAGAAUGCUGGGGUCAUAGAACGGGAAUCUGUAACAGUUCAGUAUGGGUGUUUAGAGUUACCCAUUUACUGAAGUGAAGAGAUGGCACUGGCAACUCUGAUACCACACUGAUGCUGUUGCAUGCAACAACGUUCCUUCUGAAACUUGACACCUCUAAUGUUGCCUGUCUGUGUGCUUUCAGGGUGAGUGGGGUGUGACGGCUGAACAGGAGGCAGAGGAGAACAGGAGGAUCCAGGAGUUCCAGGAGACCAUACCAAAAAUGCGCUCUCAGCUACGGAUACUAACACACUUCUACCAGGUAUGGGUCUUACUCUCUCCUCACUGCUACAGUGGCUUUCAGUAUGACCGUCUGGUUGUCUGUGGUAGUGUUCAGUGGAUAGGACCGUCUGGUUGUCUGUGGUAGUGUUCAGUGGAUAGGACCGUCUGGUUGUCUGUGGUAGUGUUCAGUGGAUAGGACAGUCUGGUUGUCUGUGGUAGUGUUCAGUGGAUAGGACCGUCUGGUUGUCUGUGGUAGUGUUCAGUGGAUAGGACAGUCUGGUUGUCUGUGGUAGUGUUCAGUGGAUAGGACGUCUGGUUGUCUGUGGUAGUGUUCAGUGAAUAGGACCGUCUGGUUGUCUGUGGUAGUGUUCAGUGAAUAGGACCGUCUGGUUGUCUGUGGUAGUGUUCAGUGGAUAGGACAGUCUGGUUGUCUGUGGUAGUGUUCAGUGGAUAGGACCGUCUGGUUGUCUGUGGUAGUGUUCAGUGGAUAGGACCGUCUGGUUGUCUGUGGUAGUGUUCAGUGAAUAGGACUGUCUGGUUGUCUGUGGUAGUGUUCAGUGGAUAGGACCGUCUGGUUGUCUGUGGUAGUGUUCAGUGAAUAGGACCGUCUGGUUGUCUGUGGUAGUGUUCAGUGAAUAGGACCGUCUGGUUGUCUGUGGUAGUGUUCAGUGGAUAGGACAGUCUGGUUGUCUGUGGUAGUGUUCAGUGGAUAGGACAGUCUGGUUGUCUGUGGUAGUGUUCAGUGUAUAAUAUCUGUGGUUGGUUGUGCUCCUUCUCAGGGCAUAGUGCAGCAGUUCCUGGUGCUGAUAAUGACCAGUCCAGACGAGAGCCUGCGCUUCCUCAGCUUCAGACUGGACUUCAACGAGCACUACCGGGCCAGAGACCCCCGUCUGAGGGCCUCACUGGGUGCCACCAGGGGCCGACGGCCCUCCAACAUAUGACCUGACGCACACCACCAUGUCACAACAUAGGGACAGAGCCACAUGAAAUCUGCCUUGAUAGUAUUUAUAUAUGACAUGUAGAUGACAUCACAAUAGGGCCAGACUAAAUCUGUUGUGAUGACAUCACAGUAGGGCUAGAUGGAAUCUGAUGACAUAAUAGAACCAGACAGAACAUUGACAUCACAAAGAGCCAGACAGAAUCUUUUGUGAUGACAUCAUAAUAGGGCCAGGUUCGAGAUAAUGCCACUUUCAAAACAACUGGGAACUCGGAAAUCUCCGACUUCAGUGCGUUCAAGACAACUGGGAACUCGGAAAAAAUCUAGCUCCAACUGGGGAAAAUCGUUUUGAACGGUCAUCCAACUCGGAAUUCCAAGUCGGAAGCACUGGCCUCUUUCUAGAGCUCUGGCUUUCCGACCUGAAGAUCAC